AUUAGUUGGUGCUGAGCUUGCGUCAAAUUGCAACAAGCAACUACUACAAUGCUUCGUCAAAGAGCCCAGUUUCUAAUAUCCAGGGCAUCAACUUCUGUUUCCGGGAGAAAUGGAUCCCAAAACUCUGCCAGAAGUCUUUUUUCCCGCCGAUCUACGGGGUCAUCGGAACGAUUCAAACUAUCGACGCGUGCGACGUCCACGCUAUCUUCUUCCGCCCAUUCAGAGGAUGCGGGUUCUUCUUUGUGGAACACAGCAAGCGCUGCUGCCCUGAUUGCAGCCGCUGCAGCAACGACCACAUUCGUUUCAUCUGAUUCCACGACGGACUGCUGCGGAAUUGUUGGCGUGAUCGGUACCGACAAGAACGCGGAUGCCCGCGAAUUCCUACUGGACGGACUGACGAUAUUGAAAAAUCGCGGAUACGACAGUGCAGGAAUCGCUACCGUUCCUUCGGAUGGGAGCGCUUUAUCGAUUACCAAGUAUGCCUCGGACGGGGACAAUGCUGAUUCGAUCGAACUCGUUGCGAAACACUCCCAAAACCACGGACAUUUUACGGGAAUUGCCCACACUCGAUGGUAUGUGAUGCAUAAUUGAUUUGUGCUUGUCAUGGUUCUCGCUGUUUUUCCAUAAUUUAGAAAAGGCGGGGUUGUUUUUGUUACGGUCUAAUUUCCUCUAACGAUUUGUCUCUGUUCUACCCGAACCUCGUAGGGCAACUCAUGGAGGCAAAACCGACGAAAAUGCGCACCCCCACUUGGAUUCCUCGGGGAAAAUCGCGUUGUGUCACAACGGAAUCCUAAACAACGCAAACGACUUGAGACGAGAGCUGCAGAGUGAAGGCCAUACCUUUACCUCGCAAACCGAUACUGAGGUCAUUGUCAAGCUGGUAGGCAAAUACUACGCAGAGGGCAGGAGCGAAAACAUUACAUUGAAGGAUGCUACUCAAAAGGCUCUUGAUCGAUGCGAUGGAACGUGGGGAUUAGCCAUUGUAUGUACCGACACACCAGACGAGAUGGUAGUAGCCUGCAAUGGAUCGCCGCUGGUUAUUGGACUUGGCGCCGAUCGUACAUUUAUUGCAUCAGAAACAUCCGCGUUCAAUAGGUAUACAAAAAAUUUCAUCAGCAUGAAGGAUGGAGAAAUUGGUGUUUUGCAUGCCGAUGGGCGAAAUCUCGAUCUGAGUCGGAAGCAGAUAGCACCCGAUCAACAGGUAAAACUAUCGCCCGACCCUUAUCCUCACUGGACUUUGAAAGAACUUAAUGAGCAACCCGAGGCCAUCGCGCAAGCACUAAACUUUGGAGGCCGAAUGUCAACAGACAGAGUGACAUUGGCAGGAUUAGAUCGAAACGAAGAAAAAAUGUCGAAGGUCAAGCAUAUGACUCUGAGUGCCUGUGGGACGUCUCUGAACGCGGCAAAAUACGGAGAGCGAAUCAUGAAGCAUUUGGGAUCCUUUGAUAGUGUUGCUUCUAUAGAUGCUGCAGAAACCGAAUCGAAAGACUUUCCUUGCAUGGAUCGACCAGAGACUACAGGACUGAUUGUGGUUUCACAAUCUGGUGAAACAAAGGACGUCCACAGAGUUGUCAAGAACGCCAUGGAGAAGGGCAUAGUAUCAAUGAGCGUGGUCAACGCCGUUGGUAGUUUGAUUGCGCGCACCACGAAGUUGGGAGUAUAUUGCAACGCAGGAAGAGAAAAUGCAGUUGCGAGUACCAAGGCGUUCACGACUCAAGUCACGGUCUUAGCUUUGAUUGCCUGCUGGUUCCGCGAAUGUCGUGACCGGCUAUCGGGUCGACCCGCAAAUAUGGAAGCGCGAUUGGUCAAGGAUUCGCUCAUGAGAUUACCAAUCACGAUUGGGAUGACUAUGAAAACAUGCCAAGAACAAUGCAAAAAAGUAGCUGAGCGACUCAUGGACAAAGAGCAUUGCUUCGUUCUUGGAAAAGGAUACGCCGAACCAGUGGCUUACGAGGGUGCGCUCAAAAUCAAAGAAAUGUGUUACCUCCAUGCGGAGGGCUACAGUGGUGGUGCUCUGAAACACGGGCCAUUUGCUCUCAUUGAAGGUGAAAAGGGAAAGUUUGGGGCAACACCUAUCAUUAUGUUCAUUUUGGACGAUCAACAUGCCCACCAUAUGAGAUCAGCGGCCGAAGAAGUGAAAGCACGCGGAGCUGAACUCAUCAUUAUUACAGACAAGCCGUCUUUGGCACGGGACCUGGAUGAUAAUCCUAUUGUUAUCCCGCAAAAUGGUCCAAUGACUGCUCUAACAGGCGUCAUUCCGCUCCAGCUCAUUGCAUACGAGCUUGCAUUACUGCGGUAAGUCUGCAAGAAUGUUACAUACGGCGAAAAUUAAAUGUGCGCCAAUUGCCUCUGUCCUCAUCAUUAUUUUCCUCACUUCUUGUUCGCUUUGUCCGUACGCAGUGGAAUCAACCCAGAUACACCCAGGAAUCUUGCAAAGGCGGUUACGGUUGAUUAGAAAACUCUCCAUUGUUCACAACUCCCUUUCCGGUGAUAUUAUGAUUAAAAUUCCUUUCAUCCAUUCUCUUUGGUGCUACACGAGCUACCUCUAGAAUGACUGUAAUAAGAUACUCAUUAUAAU